AUGGCUGGUCUUGUACGAAUCGGACAAGGUUAUACUGAAAAUUUAAAAAGUGGCUUUGAUGGUACAACAAACAAUCCAUUAAGUGUUGCACUUGCUUUUUAUUCAGGUCUUUGGGCCUAUAGUGGAUGGAGUAGUUUGAAUACAGUGGUUGAAGAACUUAAAAAUCCAAAAAGAAAUCUAUGGUUGGCAAUAGUAGUGGGUCUUUCAUCAGUGAUUAUUCUAUAUCUUCUCACCAACAUAUCCUAUUUCACAGUGAUGAACAAAGCUGCAUUGCUUAGUUCCGAUGCUGUUGCUGUGACAUGGGGAGAAGAAGUAUUGGGUGUUGUUGCUCAUGCCUUGCCAAUCCUGAUAUCAUUGAGUGCUUUGGGUAGUGCCAAUGGAUUGACUUUCACAUCUGCACGUUACUGUAUGGUCGGCGCACGUUAUGGUUAUUUACCUGAAGUUUUUUCUUGUAUUCAAAAGCAACGAUUAACACCAUUACCCGGCAUUAUGCUUCAGACAAUACUUGCCAUUGCCUAUUGUAUUCCAAGUGAUAUUGACAAUUUGAUCAAUUUUUUCAGCUUUGUUUCUUGGGUCUUUUAUGGACUAACAUUUGUUGCUACAAUCUGCUGCAGAUUUACGAAACCUAACGGUUAUCGAGUUUUUAAAGUUCCAAUGCCUCUAAUUAUAUUUAUUAUUUUAAUUUCUAUCUAUCUUAUCAUUGCACCCGUUAUAUCUGAUCCGAAUAUUGGAUUUCUUAUUGCAACUCUUAUUUUACUUGCCGGUUUGAUAUUCUACUAUUUGUUUGUUUUUCGUCAAAUGCAACCAAAAUUGAUGAAACAAAUCAACAUGUUUCUUCUCGAAUUUCUUGAUUUAACAAAAGCAGCAGUCAACAUUGAAGCAUAG